AUGGCUGGGGGAGCAGUGAUUUCGGCCAACCCGCUCAAGCUCGAUUUACGGAGCCAUCUGAAAUGUCUGCUAAUGUGCUUUGUUGCUACAAUCUCCACUUUCCAAUAUGGUCUUGACUAUGCCGUUAUUGGAGGCUUCCUCAGCAUGCCUGGCUUCCUCAAAGUGUACGGCUAUUACGACGAGAAGCGCGGCACCUGGAAUAUCGACCCAACCGUACAACAAUUGAUUUCAUCCCUCAUGGUCAUCGGAACUUUCUUCUCUUCGCUGAUGGUGGGACCAUUCAGUCAGAGGUUUGGCAGGAGGAUGGGCUUAUGGUGCGCGACUAUUGUCAAUUUUGUGGCUACGGGAAUCAUGUUGGGAACAACCAGUAAAGCCGCGCUGUACUUCGCGCGAUUUCUACUUGGCAUUUCCGUCGGAUGGUUCCUUACCUUCUCACAGGUUUAUGUCCACGAAGUGGCUCCGGCCCAUCUUCGUGGUAUCGCUUUCGCAGUGUACCAGACCCAGCUGUCAACCGGGUCAGUCGUAGGUGCCGUACUCGACUAUGCUACGCACAAAUUACCCGACAGAAGAGCCUAUCAGAUUCCACUCGCAGUCAUGUAUGCAGCACCGGCUAUACAAUUUAUCUGUCUGUUCUGGCUACCUGAAACCCCUCGAUGGUUGAUGGUUCAGAAGAAGGAGGAAGAGGCCGAAGCUGCACUCCGGAGGCUGCGAAAUGCGAAUAUUGAUGAGAGCGAGUUCCAGGCCGAGUACAACGAGAUCCGCGAGGGAACAUUGAGGCAGAUGGAAGGCAGUAAAGCAGUCUGGGCGGAUAUCUGGAAGGGAACGCAUCGUCGUCGCACCCUCCUUGCUAUCGCUGUGAUUUGUUUCCACGCAGGGACUGGUUCCUCCUGGGUCGUGUAUUACACAACGUACUACUUGGAAAAGGCCAAGGUCAGCGAUCCGUUCGCUUACUCGAUUCUGACAACUUGCUGUGGUAUUCUUGGGGUGCUUUUUAGCUUCUUCUACGUCCGAAAGAUUGAUAGACGCGAUAUCAUGCUUUAUGGACUGUUAGGUUGUGGACUAUUCCAGCUGAUGCCAGCUGUUGCCUGGACGUGUGCGCCAAACUCACAGGCUGCUGCAAAUGCCGUCGUUGCAUCCGUCGCACUCUUCAAAUUCGCCUACACGACCUUAGGUCCGUACGCAUGGCUCAUCGGAGGCGAAUACCCCAACAACCAACAGCGCGGCUAUGUCUUUGGCAUCGCAUCUGCUUUGAAUUUCCUCCUAACCUGGCUCGGCACUUUCACGGCACCGUUCUUCAUCAAUCCUGCAGCACUGGGUUGGAACGCACAGUACGGAUACAUAUGGUUCGGAUCAAACAUCAUCAUGGUCGUUUUCACCUUCUUCUUCCUUCCGGAAACACGAGACCGCACGCUCGAAGAGAUCCAUGAGAUGUUCGAAGCAAAACUGCCGGCUAGGAAGUUCAAAGGCUAUGUCUGCGUUGGCGUUGAGUCGAUGGCAGCCAAGGCUACUGGGAAAGAGGGGGACGCGCUUCUAGCUGAUGCGGCCCAUGAUCGGUUGCAGAAUUGGGCAAUAGGUCUUCCUCGCUCUACCUGA